AUGGCGGGACCGACCCCACAGGAGCCUGUGAAGACCCAGCAGAAGUGCAUUGCCAUCUUCGCCCUCCUCUGCUGCUUUUCGGUGCUGGUGGCCCUGGUCUGCUCGUCAGCGGACCUUUGGGGAGACGCUGAGGAUGGAGUCACAGAGGAGAACUGCAGCAGAGACUGUCGCAUUGUGCUCGUGGAGAACAUUCCAGACGACCUCUCUCUCCCCAUGGAUGGCGGACCCCACCUCCCUCUCUCUGUUGGCUUCCACACUCUGUUGGAGCAGGCAAAGCACUCAGUUGAGCUGGUGUCACCGAUCUGGCACCUGAACUUUGUGGAUCUGGAAACAAUGCCGACCAAUGCCAAACAGGGUCAGCUUUUGUUCCAGCAACUGCUCAGCCUGAAAUCUCGUGGGGUCAAACUGAAGAUUGCAAGCGGUCUCACGAAUUCUGCUGAUCUGAAGACUUUGGCAGCGCACAAUGCAGAGGUUCAUUUCGUCAAUAUGACAGCCCUCACCCGAGGAGGACUCCAUUCCUCGUUUGUGAUUGUGGAUCGGAAGCACGUUUACAUCGGGAGCGCCGACAUGGACUGGAGGUCACUCUCCAAGAGGAAAGAACUGGGCGUGUUGGUGUUUAAUUGCAGCUGUCUGGCUCUAGACCUCCACCGGGUCUUUUCCUUUUACUGGCAGCUCCACGAGAGGGACUACAUCCCCUCCAUCUGGUCAAAGAGAGUUACAGCCCUCUACGGGAGGCACAGCCCCCUGGAGCUGCAACUCAACGACACCAAUGCCACUGCUUAUGUGUCUACCUCCCCUGAUCUCCUCUGCUCAAAAGAUCGCACCAGAGACAUAGAUGCCAUUCAUCAAGUCAUCCAGAGUGCCGAGACGUUUAUCUUCAUAUCUGUGACCGACUACCUUCCUCUGGUGAACAGGAGAUUCAGAGGAACCUCAGUCACAAGAUAUUGGUCGCCUAUCGAUGAAGUGAUCAGAGAGGCCGUGGUACUGAGAAGAGUCAGAGUUCGUCUGCUGAUAAGCUUCUGGAAGAAGACUCACCCCCUCACCUUUAACUUUGUCACCUCCCUCAAGUCGCUCUGCAUGCACCUGCACAACUGUUCCCUCGAGGUGAGGUUCUUCAGUCACAGAGAGCAGAAGGAGGACUUUCAAUAUGGACUCAACCACAACAAGUACAUGGUGACUGACAAUGCUGUUUACAUAGGGAACCACAACUGGGUCGGUAGUGACUUUGCCGUUAAUGCAGGAAUUGGGCUGGUGGUCCAGAUGAAAAAUGACCCUAAAGACAGGGGAGUAACAAUCCUUGAGCAGUUCAAGGCUGUUUUUGAAAGAGACUGGAGGUCACGAUACUCUAAGAGUCUACAAGGAAGCAAAGAUCCAAAGAGUAAAUACAGAAGCCUGCGACAAGAAGAAACUAAAGAGACGAAGGAGGAGAACGAAUGGAACAGCCCUUUAUCUUUAUAA